CCUCUGAAGGGACACAGACCGGAGUAAACCGGGCUCGUAGGCGGGUCCCCGAUGACGGCACAAACAGGUAGUCUCGGGGUGUGUCCCUCAAGGUUUUAGGUGUUUACCGACAUAUAAAAAGUUGUUGGAGGCAUUCUGCAGAAGAGGACUGACGCCGAGAGCGUUUGAAGGACACAGACAUGGAUUUAACUCGGUUCUUGUCGCUGCUCUUUUUGAUUUUCUGCUUCUUUUCUGGCUCGCAUGCUAACGCUACAGGUAAAGGACGGGGAUUCAUUGCGUAUAAGGACCCUUUAAACUCAGACCAAUAUGUUGUGGACCAGGCAACAUCUGACACACUGAAGAGUAGUCUCACCACAGUCUUCCUCCCGAUCGUCUACAUCAUCGUGUUUGCAUUGGGACUUCCUGCCAACGGCAUGGCCAUCUGGGUGUUCCUCUUCCGAACCAAGAAGAAGCACCCGUCGUCCAUCUACAUGGCUAACCUGGCUCUGGCUGAUCUGCUUUAUGUCAUUUGGAUACCUUUAAAAAUAUCCUACCAUUUAAAUGGCAACAACUGGAUCUACGGAGAGCCGCUGUGCAAAGUCCUUAUGGGCUUCUUCUAUGGAAACAUGUAUAGCUCCGUUCUUUUCAUCGCCUGCCUCAGUGUGCAGAGGUACUGGGUGGUGGCUCACCCUCUGUCCCAGCAGAGAAAGAACAACAAAGUGGCUGUGGGUGUCUGCGUGGCCAUCUGGUCUUUCAUCUGGCUCACCACCACGCCUCUGUACUUGUAUGACCACACCGUCAAACUCAAAGACCCCAACGUCACAACCUGCCACGAUGUCAACAUCAUAAAGGACCCACUGAAUCCAUUCCCUUCUGUGCAGCUCCCGUACUUCUACUUCAUCGUCAUGGGUCUGGUGGUGUUCCUCGUGCCCUGCGUAGUGAUCAUUGUGGCCUACGUUCUGUUACUCAGGGCUCUGGGGAACGGCUUGGAGAACAGCACCGCCGGAAAGAACCGCCAGAAAGCCGUGCUGCUGAUUGUGAUCGUUCUGGUGACUUUUCUAGUGUGCUUCAUCCCCAGUAACAUCAUGCUGGUGAUGCACUACUCUCUACUAAAAGACGGAGUGAUAGACAAUGGUUACGGCUUUUACAUCUCCACAUUAUGCCUGGCCAGCCUCAACAGCUGCCUGGACCCGUUUAUCUACUACUUUGUGUCGGAGGACUUCAGGAACCACGUAAAGAACACGCUGCUGUGCAGGAGCAGCAGGACUGUAGAGAGGAUGAGGGUUUCAUUCAGCUCCAUGAAAUACUCCAGGAAGAGCAAGACGUACACGUCAAGUAGUGGCAACACGCAGAGCAGCUCCUGUUAGAGACGAGAUCAGUAAAGGGGAGCAAAAACAAAAAGAACUCCCAAUACGAUAUCCUGCUUGUGCUUGCUCUGG